UAGAAAUUUCGUUCCUAUGCUAAUUCUAUCGUUUACUGUCACCGAGUUUCACAUUGUUUCUUUCAGUGAUUUCUCACUUUUCUUAAAGGCAAGCAUUAGGGUAUCAUUCUCUCUCUCCGUCAUGGCAAUGCAGGCCAGCCUCUGUGCUCCAAGGUUCGUGGCGCUCGAUUUUGGUGUUUGUAGCUACCAUGCCAGAGCUUCUUCGACGCUCCACUUUAAAUCAAGCUGGGGGCUGCUAGCAGCAAUCGGCCUCAGCAAAAACACCAGAUUCAUCGCUGCUAGUGCUCGCCAAGGAAUUCACACGGAUGGCAAGGAACCUCCGACUAUGAUUUCGGCACCCGAGAGACGCAUUGUCGCUGUUGGAGAUUUGCACGGAGAUUUACGUCAGACCAAGAGAGCAUUGAGAGUGGCUGGAGUUUUAUCCGACGAUGAACAAGAUAAUUGGACUGGAGGCACCACUGUUCUUGUCCAAGUUGGAGAUGUCCUCGACCGUGGUCCUGAUGAAAUCGCCAUACUGUCACUCCUGUGGCAUCUAACCGAGCAAGCUCGUUCCAAGGGUGGGGCUGUCUUUCAGGUACAUGGAAAUCACGAGACAAUGAACGUGAGCCAUGAAUUCAACGACACACCUGAUUGUGGAUUCGAGGACUCGCAGCAUUUUGUGGACUACUGUAACGAGCGACACGACGGCCACUGGCAUACGGCAUUUGUGCAGUGGAGACUAGAAUGGCCAGAGUGGAAGAAGAGCAGAUUCGAGUCCUCAACCUGGUUACCAUUUUGGAACGUUUUCAAGGUGAGGAAGAAGAUGGAUGCGAGAGUUUUGCUUUUCAGUCCGGGGGGUCCGUUAGCACUGGAGUUGUCGAGGCAUGGCGUGGUUCUGAAAAUCAACGACUGGCUCUUUGCUCAUGGUGGCCUUCUACCUCACCACGUUGCUUACGGCCUGGAGAAAAUGAACAGCGAAGUGAGUAACUGGAUGAAGGGUGGAGCUUACAAUGGGAAGCAACCAUUCAUAGCAACCAAAGGUUUCGACUCCAUUGUAUGGAGCAGAUUGUAUUCCAGGAAAACCAAAGAGAUACCACAACCCAAGGCUUGUGCAGUGCUUCAACAAACUUUGGAUGCUGCCAAGGCAAAAGGGCUGGUUAUUGGACACACUCCACAGGUUGAAGGAGCCAACAGUGAGUGUGAUGGCAAGGUGUGGCGAAUUGACGUGGGAAUGUCUCGGGGUGUUCUAAACGCAACACCUCAAGUGAUAGAGAUUGUUGGAGACGAGGUGAAAGUUCUCUCCUGUCAAAAAGAUGAUUCACACUGAAAAGAAAAACCAAAUUCGAUCGA